AUGGCUGCCGAGCAAUCGCAGACCCCGACCUUCAAGCUCGUCCUUGUUGGCGACGGUGGCACCGGAAAGACUACCUUUGUCAAGCGUCACUUGACUGGCGAGUUCGAGAAGAAGUACAUGGCCACCCUCGGUGUCGAAGUCCACCCUCUUGGCUUCUCGACCAACUUCGGCAACAUCCAGUUCGAUGUCUGGGAUACCGCUGGCCAGGAGAAGUUCGGCGGACUUCGUGACGGCUAUUACAUCAACGGCCAGUGCGGCAUCAUCAUGUUCGACGUCACCUCUCGCAUCACCUACAAGAACGUGCCCAACUGGCACCGCGACCUUGUCCGUGUCUGCGAGAACAUUCCCAUUGUUCUCUGCGGUAACAAGGUUGAUGUCAAGGAGCGCAAGGUCAAGGCCAAGACCAUUACUUUCCACCGCAAGAAGAACCUCCAGUACUACGACAUCUCGGCUAAGUCCAACUACAACUUUGAAAAGCCCUUCCUCUGGCUCGCCCGCAAGCUCGUCGGCAACCCCGCCCUCGACUUUGUGGCUGCCCCUGCGCUUGCCCCUCCUACGGCCCAGGUUGAUGAGAAGCUCCUGGCCGAGUACAAGAAGGAGAUGGACGAGGCUGCGGCCAUGCCCCUCCCUGGCGAGCAAUCUGACGACGAUUUGUAA